CUCCAGCGUCGUCAUCGAUCGAGCUUGCAAGUCCGGGGAUCUGCGCGGCGCUCUGCUCAUCCUGGCCACUAUGCUCCACUCAGACUCGCCGACGCCGCCAGAGCUCUGGAGCUCAUGCGUGACGCUGGAAUCCACCCCGACGUGGUCACCUUCACGGUAAUGAUCCGGGGGUUCUGCAAGAACAGGAUGAUGGAGCGCGCCUGGGAGAUCUUCCAAGAGAUGAUCAAAAGCAAUCGCUGCCAACCGGAUUGCUUCCUCUACGGUGUUCUCAUCGAUGGCUACUGCAAGGAGCUCAGGAUGGAUCGAGCUCUGGAGCUUCUCCGCGAGAUGAGAGUGGAGCGGAGGAUCCAACCCGACGUGGUGAUCUACAACUCGAUCGUCGACGGCCUCUGCCGAUCAAACCGGUUCCUGGAAGCGUGGAAGUUCCUGGACGAGACGAUGGUUCUCCAGGGAUGCUCGCCGACGGUGGUCACGUACACGAGCUUGAUCCGGGGUGCUUGCAAGGCCAAGAAGAUGAAGCUCGCGGUGAGAAUCUGGAACGCCAUGCUCGAACGAAAGAUCCAGCCAACCAUCGUCUCCUACAGCGUGAUCAUCGAUGGACUCUCCAAGGCCGGGAGAGUUUACGACGCGUACCGGGUGGUCCGCGAGAUGGAAACGCUCGGCUGCGAGCUCAACGUCGUGAUCUACACCACUCUCAUCGAUGGCCUCUGCAAAUCCGGCUUCCUGGACGACGCCUACGCGCUCUACCGGAUCAUGAAGCGAUCCGGCGCGUUUCCAAACCAGCGAACUUACGCCACCUUGAUCGACACCUUCUGCCGGAACGAUCGAACCGAGACGGCGCUGGGGCUGUUCGAUCACAUCCGCGACUACUGCCCGCUCGACGUUGCCAUGUACACCGCGGUGGUGAGCGGCCUGUGCCGCGAGCGAAGGCUGGACGACGCUCGAGCGCUCUUCCGGGAGAUGCGUCUCGCGGGAGUUUCAGCCGACACUCACGCCUACAAUGUGCUGCUCCACGGCGCGUUUCGAUCCGAGAGGCCCGAGGAGGCUUUCCGGAUCUUGGAGGAACUGGGCGAUGAUCCUGGAUGCGUCGCCAACUUGCUGACUUACAACACGGUGAUCGCUGGCUGCUGCCUCGAGUCCGGGAUGGUGCUGUUCUACGAGAUGCGGCAGCGCGGGAUCGCGCCAGACUUCGCCACCUACAGCGCUCUCAUCGAUCGGCUGCUCGGCAGUGGAGAGAUCGGCAGGGCGUUUGAUCUGUGCGAGGAGAUGCUGGCGAGUGGAUUGAGCCCGCCGUCGGGAGUUCUCGGGAGAGUGGUGGCGAGGCUGUGCUGGUCGCGCAGGGGAGAUUUGGCCGCCAAGGUGAUAGAGAUGGCGAUGGCGGUGGAUGACACUGCUUCGUUCUCGCUGCCUUGGGACGAUGAAGAUGGAGCUGCGCAGGAUGAAGAUAGCCAAGGAGAAGAGCUUGGAUCAAUCAAAGAUGGAGCUACGCAAGAAGAGCCAGUGCCCUGAAAGAAAAAAAAAAAAAAA